AUACAUUUUUUGCACCUCCAACAAUUCUGACCAUAUUACUUUUUGAUGAGCACUACUCCGCAGAAGAACACGUCCUCGCGGUUUAAAUGCCGCACAACAAAGCAGUCAUAUGAUGGCAUUCUCGAACUAGCAUCAGAAGCUAGCUAGCUAGCAGUUACAUUCAAGGAGCAGCAAGUGAUUUCUUUAUAUGGGAAGCUGUCAGUUUUCAUCUUCCUGAGUCUGGUUCAAAGACCCAAUGUUGCCACGGGAAAAAGCAGGCAAUCUGAGGCCCAACACUCCAUGAACGAGUGGCUGAGAAAAAAUACCUUUAAUAGGAAGAAAGAGAACCGUUUAGCAUCAUUCUUGAGUCACGGAUUGCAGUAGAUCUUGGCAGCCAGACCGUUGCCAUGUCGACCUCAUCGCUACGGCGACAAGUAAAGAACAUUGUGCACAACUAUUCAGAAGCUGAAAUCAAGGUCAGAGAGGCGACUUCCAAUGACCCAUGGGGUCCAAGCAGCUCUCUUAUGUCAGAGAUUGCAGAUCUCACCUACAACGUUGUUGCCUUCUCUGAAAUCAUGAGCAUGGUGUGGAAGCGGCUGAACGACCACGGCAAGAACUGGAGACAUGUAUACAAGGCCAUGACGCUGAUGGAAUAUCUGAUUAAGACGGGCUCUGAACGUGUAGCCCAGCAGUGUCGAGAAAACAUAUACGCAGUCCAAACUCUCAAGGAUUUCCAGUACAUUGAUAGGGACGGCAAAGACCAGGGUCUGAAUGUGCGAGAGAAAGCUAAACAGCUAGUGACCCUGUUGAAAGAUGAGGAGAAAUUAAGAGAGGAGAGGAUCCAUGCUCUCAAAACCAAAGAGAAAAUGGCACAGACCAGCAGUGCCUCCUCGGCUCCAUCAGCACCCAGCCUGGGAGGUAGUCUAUCAUUAGGUUCUCACUCUGGAGGGGCCGACCCAGAACAAGCUUGGCCACAAAGUUCUGGAGAGGAAGACCUCCAGCUUCAGCUGGCUUUGGCUAUGAGUAAAGAAGAGGCAGAGCAGACUAGCACGGACCCUCUGGAGGAUGCUGAGCUCCGCUAUGCAAUGACGCUCAGCAAAGAGAUGCACCAAAAGGAGGAGCGGCUUCGCAGAGGUGAUGACCUGAGACUGCAGAUGGCCAUUGAGGAAAGCAAAAAAGAAAAAACCAAACCAGAGGAGAGUGCUCUGAUGGAGCUGAGUGCUGUCGACCCCUGGGGGGCCCCUGCGACUGCCACAGUGGCCUCCGCUGGCCCAUCGCCUCCACCCACAGUUCCUGGUUCCGCUGCCUCCAACCCAUGGGCCCCGGCCCCCACGGAUCCAUGGGGAGUAACAUCCCCCACAUCCCCUACAAGCUCCGAUCCCUGGGGUGGGGGCCCCCAGCCCACCGUAGCGCCUCCUCCAGACCCCUGGGGGGAGACGGCUAACAAAGUUAACAAUGUUGAUCCCUGGGGAGGCUCAGCCGUGACCACCCCCAGUGCUGACCCCUGGGGCUCCCCAAUACCACCCAGCACGUCCUCCUCGGGGGGGCCGGUAGACCCCUGGGCAAGGGACGGGCCUGUCUCUGACCUUGUCAGCUCCGACCUCUGGAGUGGUACCGACAAACAUACUAAUGGCACAGUAGGAGAUCCAGAGCGACGAGGAUCUUCCACAGCAGGCUGUGAGAACACAGGUUCACCGGUUCCCUUUGACUUGUCUUCACUCGGCUCCUCCCUUCCCGCCCGCAAAACCCCCGAGUCCUUCCUCGGCCCCAACGCAGCACUUGUCGAUCUGGAUUCUCUGGUGUCGUCUAAACCCAAACCCAAGCAGCCACCUCCUCCUUCCAUCUCUUCUUCUUCAGCACACAACCCCUUUCUUCAGAACACAGGCUCAUCUCCUGCUCCCGGCAUGGCUGUGACUCCAGGGAGCACCAUUUCCAGCAGAGGAGUUUCUCCCACACCUGCCAGCUCCAACCCCUUUGGCGUGGCUCCCACCAUGGCCUCCAUCUCACCGCAGCCCUCCUCUCUGGGCCUGAGUGGCCUCCGCACCAGUCCUGUGCCCAACCCCAUGCUGAGCAUGAUGCAGCCAGGGAUGGGGAUGAUGCCGAUGAGCGUGGGAAUGGGCGCUCCGGGUAUGAGCCAGGGGAUGAUGCAGGCCAGCCCCAUGGGAAUCCCGUUCGGCGGGCUCUCUCCCAUGGCGCCCCCGGGCACCACUCUGUUGGGAGCCGGAGGAAUGCCACCCCCUCAGCUCAUUUUGGGUGGGCCCAACGGAGCAGGGGGAAUAAUGGGUGCCGGGGGCUCCGUCGGAGGUGGAGGGACAACAGGAGCAAGCACCAAUCCAUUUCUUCUUUGAGGAAGUGUCACCACUACGUUGCUCCGCUUUCUGGCUCCUCUGUCGUACCUGCUGCCCCCCUCCACUCACCUCAAGUUGUCUGCAUCUCUUUAAAAAUCUUUUUCUUUCCUUCAAAAGCAUUAUUUCAUUUCAAAAUCAUUUUCCACAUUUUAGUUCCUUUCAUUUCACAAUGGGAUAUUUUGUGGUGGGAAAUAGAGAUCUAUUUAUUUUUGUUUUAAUCCAUUUCUUUUUUUUUCCAUGUGGAGCUUCAUGUUUGUUUCGUAUGUCUUUCAGUUGUGAGAUGAAGGCGAGUCUGUAAAGGCAGGUAGCAUCUAUCAGUAGUGUCUCCAUCCCAGAACGACUGAGCACGAGAGAGGAAGAGGUUACAUAGCCACUAACAAACUGAACACUGUUGUACCUGCUUCUUCUUUCCUCCUUCCUGUUGAGUGAAGACACACACUGGAUGGCUAACAUGAGAACGAGUGCAUGAUGAGGAGUUAUUUUAAUGGACUCUGGGUUGAGAUACAGACUGGAAAAACCUGCAUCAACAUUUCAGGAAAAAACGUCAAAAUUGUUUCAACUGUUAAUUUAAUAUCACUGUAAUUUAUUAUUUUUUCCUCCAAAACAUGUGAAUAGAUGAAUCCUACAGUGAUGCCAUUGAAAGCAUACUUUCCUCUCCCCCUACUGCCUCAUUGUGGAAAAAGUAGGAGAUUGAAAAUCUGUGAUUUGAUGGUGAGGGGGCGGAGCUUUGAGAAUGUGUGUGUGUGUGAGAGAAUGGCAGCAUUAAUGCUUGUUUGUGAGCAUCCAAAUGCCUGUCUGUCUGUGUGUAUGCGUGCGUUUGUCAGUUUCCUCCUUCAUUUCAAACUCUGAAAAGGAUUUUUUUUGUUUUCUUCAAAGAAGGUCGAUCGCGGGAGCUUCAAAUGAGGUGUUACACAUGAUUUGUCUGCCAAUUUCACAGGUUCUGUUCAUCAUCUGUCACAUUUCAUCCGGAGCCCUGGUAUGGGGGGUGUCCCAGAGCUAUGUGUUCUUGUGUUUCAUCUCUUCACCCCCCUCCCUCGCUCUUGUCCUUGGGAAGGGAGUGCUAUGCUUCUUCACAAAAGACGUUCAUUUCAGUCAAUAAAAGGAGACGAAACAGGGACUUGAAAACAUGUUUAAUCAUGCUUUUCUUUUAAUUCAGUUCAAUGAAAUCGUUAUUUUAUAUCAAGAAAAAGCUCUUAUUGGGUAAGGUUGAAUUUUUGUCUGGUGUCAGCUGUAAACAUUCACAUUUGAAAUGUAAAAUGAAGAAAAAAAAUCUAAAGAAAUUUAUGAAAUAAAAGAAAAACGCAG